AUGGAAGACAUAUUAUUUAUACCUUCCAACUGUAUCCUUACUUUUCCAGUCGCUCGAAGGCGUCGGAAAGAGAGCAGACCACGGCGGCAGCGCACCACGUUCUCCGCUCACCAGACGCUGCGGCUCGAGCUGGAGUACGCGAGAGGGGAGUACGUAGCUAGAGCGAGAAGAUGUGAACUAGCUACGGCUCUGUCACUGAGCGAAACCCAAGUUAAAAUAUGGUUCCAAAACAGACGAGCAAAAGACAAACGGAUCGAAAAGGCGCAUCUCGACCAGCAGUAUAGACAACUAGCGGCAGCAACAGGCUUCUUCCCACCCAUGCUGAGCUCAACUCCGUACGGGACAGCGUGUCCAUGCUUACCGGACCAACCGCAACCAGAUAUAAACAAGUAGUUAUUUUUAUUGUGCUAAUUUUGU